AAUUUGAUAAUAAAUAAUAAUAGCUUAUUAAAAUAUAAUAAAAGUUAUGUAAAUAGUUUUAUUCAUUUACAGAAAUAUCAACAAGUUCAAAAGAGAGAAUUUUUUUCAAAAUUAUUUGGUAAAAAAAAAAAUGAUACAAAAAGCAAAACUUUAGGUAGUGCAAUGAAAUCAGGCAAGAUUAGUAGUCUCCAGCAAGCAUUCAGUUGGAGUAAAUUAGAGGGUAGUGAUAUAAAAACAGCAGUUUAUACAAUUGGUACAAAUAAUCAAGGUCAGCUUGGAUUGGGUGAUUGGAAAUCUGAGUCCCAAUUAACUUUUAAUGAAUUAUUGCAAGAGUCAUCCAUUAAAUCAGUUAAAUCGACAUUAUUACAUUCAGCAGCAAUGACAAAUAAAAAUGAUUUAUUAACAUGGGGUGCUAAUUUUAAUUUUCAAAUUGGUCACAAAUAUGGUUCAGAUACAAGUUUAUUUCCAAAUUUUAUAGAGAGUACACCAUUUUCAGUAAAAACAUCAAAUUUCCCAAAUAUGAAUUUAGUAUCAUAUUCAAUUGGUGGAUGGAGCUCAUUUGUACUUUUAAAAGAUCCAAAAGAACAAGAUAAACAAAUUGUAUAUUCUUGGGGUAAUAACCAUUGUGGUCAGCUAGGUAUUGGUUCGUUGUAUAAUGUUCAAACUCCAAAUAUAGUUAAGUUUAAAGAUCAAUCAACAGUAAAUAGCAUAAAGAAAAUUUCAUCAGGUUUAUAUCACACAAUGAUAUUAUUAAAUUCUGGUAAAUUAUUAUCAUGUGGAAAGUCAAAUGAUGGUCAAUUGGGUAUAAAAUUAAGUAAUAAUAACAAUAACAAUAAUAAUAGUAAAAAUAGUAGUGAUAGUAGUAAUAGUGUUCAAAUACCAUUAGAAUCAAAUUUAUUAAAAGAAUUAAAUUUAAUCGACAUCGAAGCAGGUUAUUUCCACUCAUUGGGUUUAGAUGAUAGUGGUAAUGUUUAUCAAUGGGGAAAUGGAAAAUUAAAGUAUGAAACCUCUGAGGAUUUAUUAUUAUCACCAACAUCUUUAAUAAACCAAUAUGACGAAAUCAACUCAAAUAAUAGCAAUAGGGUUAUUAGAAUUCAAGGUAUUGAGUUAGAGAGCAACGAUAGAAUUAAACAAAUUGGCGGGGGUGAUGGUAUUUCCAUGGCCUUAACUGAAAGUGGUAAAUUGUUCAAAUGGAACACUUUGGAUAAUAAGGUAGAGUUAAUUAAUUGGCCAGAAUUUAAAAACCAAGGUAUAGAAAGAUUCGCUUUAUCAAAUACUCAUGCUGCUGUUACUUUUAAAUCUACACCAAAUGAAAUUUGUGUUUGGUCUUUAAACGAAACAGAUUUUCAAUUAGAAAGAAGUCAUGGAAAAUCUUUAUUCUUUUCAAUCUUACAAAAGGGUGAAAAAAUUAAAAAUUUCACUUUACCAAACGACCAUAUUAUUAAAGAUUUUUCAGUUGGUUCACAUUUUAUGAUAGUUUUAGCAGAGAAUAUA